UCAGCGGCGCGCGGGGCGCGGGCCUGGGGCUGGGGGCGGCCUGGGGGCCCAGCCGGCUGCGAGCGGGGGAGGCUGAGCAGUGACACACCCAGCCGAGGACCCUUAUUACCAUGUACAAGGACCUGGGUUCAAGCCCCCAGUCUCCACCUGCAGGGAGGAAGCUUCACAAGUGGUAAAGCAGGUCUGACUCACCAGAAGCAUGGCAACCAGCGCUGUCCCCAGUGACAACCUCCCCACAUAUAAGCUGGUGGUGGUGGGGGACGGGGGCGUGGGCAAGAGUGCCCUCACCAUCCAGUUCUUCCAGAAGAUCUUCGUGCCUGACUACGACCCCACCAUUGAAGACUCCUACCUGAAGCACACAGAGAUCGAUAAUCAGUGGGCCAUCCUGGACGUGCUGGACACCGCCGGGCAGGAGGAGUUCAGCGCCAUGCGGGAGCAGUACAUGCGCACGGGGGACGGCUUCCUCAUCGUCUUCUCAGUCACAGACAAGGCCAGCUUCGAGCAUGUGGACCGCUUCCACCAGCUCAUCCUGCGCGUCAAGGACAGGGAGUCGUUCCCCAUGAUCCUCGUGGCCAACAAGGUGGACCUGAUGCACUUGAGGAAGAUCACUCGGGAGCAAGGAAAAGACAUGGCGACCAAGCACAGUAUUCCAUACAUUGAGACCAGCGCCAAGGACCCACCUCUUAAUGUGGACAAGGCCUUCCAUGAUCUGGUUCGGGUGAUCAGGCAACAGAUUCCGGAAAAGAGCCAGAAGAAGAAGAAGAAAGCCAAGUGGCGCGGAGACCGGGCCACCAGCACCCACAAACUGCAGUGUGUGAUCUUGUGACAGAGCUGAGGCUCCGGGCACAACAACUGUGAAUGGGCCAGGCUCUGGGACCCUCCUAACCUAACCACACCGAAAACCAUUUCUAACUGGGACCCUGGCCUGAGGACUUGGCACAGGAAGGGAGGGGAGGAAGAGGUAGGCAGGAGGAGAGGGGUGCUGGCUUAGCUCACAGAGCAUGGGCUUCCCCACCUCUCACAGAGACGAGGGACCACUGGGUAAACUGAGGCAGCCUCCAAACCCCUCGUGCAUUAGUUGUACCCGGUUCCUCCCCCUCUCCUGGUGACUGUGCCAUUGCUUUGAGCUGCCCAGUGUGGGUGCACUGUGGAAGAGUUUCUCCGUGCGCAGCGUGCAAAACAAGCCAUCAACAUGUCCUCCCCUUUGGCCCUUGGCCUACCUGUGUCUUAGCAUGGUAGAUCUUUAAAUUAUUUCCAGUUAUUAUUUUAUUCAAGGGGUCACGGCCCCCUGCCAGGUGAAGCUUCAAGUCGUCAGCACACACACACAGAUGUAGGGUCUGGAAUACGGCUGCUUUCCACUGGAUUUUUCCAGCAGUGCCAGAACAGUGCGGUAGGAAAGUGAGGUGACUGAGAGGCAAGAAGGUCACAGGGCUGGAGCCAGAGGCCCGAGGAAGCAACGUCCCCGCUCAGGGCCUGGAAACUGGAGAGAAGAAGUAUGUCUAUGCAGAGGGUUCAUUUUCAGGUGGGAGGCGAUGGUGUGGGAAUGUGAGUCCUGAGGGGUGUUUGUUGUCCUGGAAAUGUGUCACUAAACUAAGCUGACUGACCUUGGGAGAGUGGGGACUUGUUUUUUCUGUUGCUGGGUGGUGUCAGAAGGGGCUGUGUGUUCAGAAACUGCAGGAGUGUUGUCAUUGUCAGAUGGGUCUGUCCCCUCCACCUUGGCCAUGCUCCCUCACUGCCUGGUGCAGAUACUCUGUCUCCGUGUCAAGGAGAUGUAUGUGAACUCCACUCAGAAAGCUCUAGAAUGUGCUGAAAUAGAAUCUGAAGCCAU